AAGAAUUAGUCUUCACUGAAAGAGGAAGACUCUCCCUUCCUCAAGGCUUCCAGGGGCUUUACUAAGCCCAUCAUGGAGAAUACCAAGCUCUGUCUUUUGCUGUUGCUGGGCACUUACACGCUAGCCCAGCAAGAUGUGGGAAGUGUUGAGGAACAAUCUCCUGUUUGCCUUUUGGCCAAAAGAUUCAAGAACUUCAGGCGGUUUGUGUAUGACUACGAAGCUGAGACCCUUAAUGGCGUGACUGGAGCAACGGACAACAAGAGCGGACCCAAAGUCUCCUGCAAAGUUGAGGUUGAUGUGCCCCAGACCUGUAGCUUCAUCCUUCGCACAACAGAGUGCUCUCUGAGCGAGAUUUCUGGUGUGGAUGCAGAAGGGAACCAAGUGUACCGUCCUGCUGAUGGAGCUGAGGCUUUCAGAGCUGCCAUGGCCAAGAACCCCUUGAAGAUCACAGUUGAAGAAGAAAUUCACAUCAGACUCUACCCUGAGGAUGAUGAGCCUGCCAACAUCCUGAACGUCAAGAGGGGAAUCGUCUCUGCUCUCAUUGUGCCAGUAAUGGAGGAGGAAAGCAACAAAUACAUGUCCACCGUGCAUGGAAUUUGCCCCACUGACUUCACCGUCAACGUUAGAGAGGACAUCGCCACUGAUGUGACUGUCAGCAGGGAUCUUUCCAAAUGUAGCUCAUUCUUUGCCCGCAGACAGGACACCAGCCCACUGGCCCUCAUCACCGGCAUGAACUACCCUCUGUCUAAGAUGAUUAGCAGCACCCAGUCUUGCAACUACAAGUUUGACAACCAGAAGAAGCACAUGACCAGAGGAAUCUGCACAGAGAAACACAUCUUCCUGCCCCUCUCCCACCAGAAUGAAUAUGGAAUUUCUACAAUGGUGAAGCAGACUGUAACUCUGAGGGAGACCGCCAAGAUCAACGACAGAGUCUUUGACCGCAAUGAAGACAACCGCAAGUUCUUGUCCAUGGAUGUUGCUGACAACAAGUCCCCUGUGCAGACCAAGGAUGCUGCCAUUGCAACAAUGCAGCAGCUGAACACCCUGUCACAGACCACUCAAGGCGAGGAGCGUGCCAGUCUCUUCCACAAGCUGGUGUCUGAGCUGCGCGGCCUGAAGGUUGAUGUCCUGGGAUCUGCCACAGUUGAGAUGAUGGACAUGUCCCAGUCUCUGACAUGGCAAGCUCUGGCUCAGUGCGGCACCCCAGAGUGCACAAGCGCGAUGAUGAAGAUUCUCAGAACCUUUGACGAAGGUGCUGUUGAGGUCGAUGCUGCUGUCUACGCCCUGGGACUGCUACCUAACCCCUCCCGCCUCAUGGUGAAAGACAUGCUGGCAAUGGCUCAGUACAGACAGAGCAAACCCAUCAUGUAUGCUCUGAGCAAUGCAGUCAGAAAACUAUACCAGGUUGAAGGCGUCACCCCCGAGAUCACUGCUGUCUCUGAGUUUAUGGCUUCUCUCCUGGGCGCAGACUGCGCUGGGGAGAAAGAUCUGACCUUCCUGACAUUGAGGGUUGUUGGUAACAUGGGAGAUGCAAUGGAGGCUGCUGACCCUGCUAUAAAGAACACCCUGCUGAAGUGCAUGAGACAGCCAGCAACCACACUGUCUGUGCAGCUGGCCGCUAUCCAGGCUUUCAGACGCAUGUCUGUGACUGAUGAGAUUCGCUCUAACCUCCAGAGGGUCUGCCAGUACCCCAAGGGUGCUGUGCAGAAGCGCUUGGCAGCUUACCUGAUCCUGAUGAGGGAUCCCCAGGACAGUGACAUUGAGAUUGUCAAGAAGCUGCUUAACCAGGAGCAGAACACACAGAUCAAGUCCUUUGUGAGCUCCCACAUCUACAACAUCAUUUCCUCCACUGAUUCUGAGACCCAAAAGCUCGGUAAGAAGAUCAUGGAUGCCCUGCAGGACACUGACGUCACCACACACAACGACUUCACCACAAAGUCUCGCAACUACAAGCUUGGUGUGGCACAUGAGGACUUGCAGGCCAGCAUUCAGGGCAACAUUGUCUUUGAUCCUAGUAGCCAGUUGCCAAGGGAGGCCUUGCUGGAAACUACCCUGAAAGCCUUUGGCUUCAACAUGAACAUUUGGGAGGUUGGCAUGGAAGGCAGGGGGUUCGAGCCAACCAUUGAUGCUUUGUUUGGAAAGAACGGGUUCUUCCCUGACACUGUUGCAAAGACUCUGUACUGGGCUGUAGACAAGAUACCAGAACUGGAUAAAUGGGUUGCUACAGAGUCAGAAGGACGGAAGGUUCCCGAAAAUCUUGUCAGAGAAAUUGUUCGCAACUUCAACAAGCUGGUUAAAGAUCUGCAGAGUCAGGAGUCCCCAGAGGCCACGGCCUACCUGAGGAUCAUGGGCACUGAGCUUGGCUACAUCAAGGGCAAUGAACUGAAGUCUCUUGCUUAUAACGCAAUGAUGUAUGCAGAUAUCUUCAUGAAGAUCAUUCCCACCAAGGUCAUGGGUGAACUGAUGUCCAGCACUAACAAUGAGAUCUUUGCCCAUUACAUCUUCAUGGACAACAAAUUCAUCAUCCCAACAGCAUCUGGCUUGCCUCUGACAUUUGCUCUGUCUGGCACCUUUACUCCUGGCGCAAAGGGAGGCCUUCGUCUGGCUCCAAACAUGAAGGAGCUGUUGUUCAUGCCCUCUGUUGGAGUUGAGUUUGUGACUCAGAUGGGAGUCAAUGUCCCUGAAUUUGUUGUGUCCACUGUUGAGAUGCACACCAACAUGUACCAUGAGAGCGUGCUCAAUGCCAAGAUCAGCAUGGAGGAAAGCCAGGUCAAGCUUUCCAUCCCCGCCCCACAAGGAACCACAAAGCUCUUCAGCAUCAGCAAUAAAGUGCUGAUUGUUGGCGCGGGUCAGGCAGCAAUGAUCCCACACACAGAGGGCGACUCAAGCUGCAGACCUCUCUUCUCUGGAGUCAAAUACUGCACCAAAACACUUUGUGCUAACGCUCGUGACAAUGCUGCUGUUCCCUACUUCCCCCUGAACGGACAGACUGAGUUUUCUGUGGAUAUCCAUCCUUCUGAAGAGGUCUCUGAGUACACAGCCACCAUUGCCUAUGAACUUCUCAAUGAAGGAAAGGAUGGUCGCCACAAGGUUGAUUCUUUGAAGUUUGCCCUGAAAGCUGAGGGUGCUCAGCCUACCGAGGCUACAGCCACCAUGAAGUACAACAGGAACAGGAAUGUUUUCACCACCCAAAUCGAGAUACCUGACUUUGAUGUUGAGGCCGGAGUUAAGAUUGGCCUGACAGACAGCAGUGCCAAAGGCAAAACCCUUACCCUGGAGAUCACCAACAAGAACGUGCCCCAGCUCUCUCUGAUUGGCCGUGCCAAACUUCAGGCCAUGACAGAUGGCAUGCUGCAGGUUCAGCUGUUAGUCCCCUCACUCAAGACUGAUGCUACCGUCACCGCUACAAUGAGCAAAGCUGAUGGACUCACCAUGGAGAUCAAAAGUGAUGUCAAGCUCCCAGAGACCUCCUCCAUUCAGGCAGUCACAUUCAAAUAUGGCGAAGAGCAGGCUGAGGUUCAGCUGAUGUCCAACAUGAAUGCUGAUACUAAGAUCCUGGUGCCUUACACUGAAGCCCUCCAGGCCUGGCUCAGGCAGUUUGUGGAGGAUGCCAUGGACCAGCAAGUUGUCAAGACUGACAUGAAACUGCGUCAUAUCAUCAACAAGGCAGUUGAGGCCAGCGAUAUCUGGAUGGACAAGAUCUCAAUUGAUGUUCCCUAUGUUGAAACUCUGAGGAACAGAAUGACAAAUGUGGAAAUGCCUUCCAUGCCUUCCAUGCCUGAAAACCUUUUCAUGAACCUUGAAAGCACAUUCAGAUACCAGUUCAACCAGGACCGUUUGACCAUCAGUAUCCCUAUGCCACUUGGAGGCAAAUCAUCUGAGGAGCUGAGGAUACCUGCAGUGGUUUCCACCCCAAGCGUCUCCAUGCCUCAGCUAGACAUGGAGUUUCCCUCAAAAGAGAUCCAGAUCCCCACUUUUACUAUUCCUUCUGAAUAUGAUCUCACCCUGCCUCUGAUGGGAAUGGCGGAAGUGUCUGCCAAGGUCAACAGCAACUAUUAUAACUGGGAAGCAACGGCAUCUGCUGGUAACAAUACUGCAGAGUCUCCUAGCUACUUGGCCAAGUUCAACAUCCAGGCUGACAGUCCAAUCAAGUUCCUUUCCUUCUCAACUGAGGGAGCUACAAAAAUCACAGACACAGCAGAAAAAACAAUGAAAUUCACCAUUGAUGGUUCCCUGAACCACAUGCUCUUGGACACAGGUUUUAAUGUGCUGGAAACCAUUGCUGUCACAGACAAUGUAAUGUCAACAGGAAAGUACAACGUGUACGCUGUCGCCCCUCUGGGUCUGGAGACGUCUCUGACUGUUACCACCCAGGUCGUCCUAGACUCAAACAUACUCUCUGGUGAUAUCAACACAGACGGCAGUGUGUCUGUUGGACCAAUGACUGCUAGCACCACCUAUCUCCACACCUUCUCUGUUGAGCCAGCAAAGAAAGAAGCAAGACUGGAGAGUACAUUGAGAGUGAACUCUGAAAUCCUGAAGAUUGCAAACAAGAUCAAGGCAUCAUAUGCAAAUGAGGAACUUCUGAUUGAGUCAAACACCAACAUCAACAGUGACCCCAUCAAGCACACCACCAAAAUUAGCCUUAACUACAAAGAUGUCAAGCUUACCGCCCAAUCCGACUCUGUGACCAAGGCAGAUGAUAGAAUGCUUCGUAGCCAGAUUGAGUUCUCUGCCUCUGAAGGACAGGCUAGCCUCAGGAUAGAGAAUCAAGCUGAUGACACAGAGAACCGUGCCUACUCUUUGCUCACUGGGUCCAUGAAUCCCUCAGGCUUGGAGAUCAAUGCUGAUGCCUCUUUGAACAUCUUUUCAAGCCUUGCCUCUCACAAGGCAACUUUGGCCCUGAACAUGAAUGGCCUGACCACCAGCUGUACCACAACUGCUCAGCAUAGCCCAGUGACCUUUGAGAAUGUUUUCCAUGGUGGAGUUGAUGCCUCUGGUGCCACCAUUUCUCUCACCACCAAGGGAGCCAUUAAGGAGAACAAAGCUGAGUUCGGUGUUGAGGGGAAGAUUGCAAGCACAGAAGUGUAUCUCAAUAGCGUCCUUAAGGGUAACCUCUUUGACAUUAACACCAGGAACAGAGUGAACCUCAGAGUGAAUGAAGAUGGCUUGAUCCUCUCCAACAACAUCGUUGGAUCUCUCAAUGAGAUGAGGACUGAAAACACCCACUCACUGUCUCUUACAAUGAGAUCUUUCACCCUCCACUCCAAGACUGACAACGUCCUCGACAAUAGGAACUCCUACAUGCAUGACAUCACAGUUAACAUGGAGCGUUUUAUUGCUUCAGUUAAUGUGAAAAAUGACCUGAAGAUCAUGGAGAUUAACUUUGUGAAUGAUGCCCAGUUCAAGGCAGAGCCCUACAACAUGGAGCUGACUGGAACGAUGAUGGGAGUCUUCUCAGAGGAAGAGCUCAAGCACGCUUAUGAAGUCAAGUUUGUUGACAUGGUCCUCUCUGCAAAGUGCAAUACCAACGGCAAACUCCUGGGAACACACAUGACACAUACCACUGAUAUGGAGAUUGCUGGUCUGAACGUCAAGUUCAACAAUGUGGCUAACUUCAACUCACCAUCUCUUCGCCUGGACAGCACAGUCAAAACUGUUGCUGCCCCCUUCACUCUGAACAUUGAUGCCAUUUUCAACUCAGAUGGUGCAGUGUACCUGUAUGGACAGCAGAGCGGCGAACUAUACAGCAAAUUCCUCCUGAAAGCAGAACCCCUGUUGUUCACACAUUCAUUUGAGUCCAGAGCCUCAACCACCCAUGAACUGGAAGGCAGACCCACUAUCAAGACCAAUAUGGAGAACAAGUUCAACAGCAUGCUGAGCCUCCAAGAGCAAAGUGUUUCACUGAAGAUGACAUCCAAAGUAAAUGAGCACACUUUUGAUCAAGAAAUUAGUGCCUAUAACAAUGCAGAGAGAAUGGGUAUUGAGAUGAUGGGAGCUGCCUCAACCCCUCUCCUCAGUGAUGCCAGCAGCGAUUACGCCAUCUCUGGAUUUGUGAAAUAUGACAAGAACAGUGACAGCCACUUCAUCCAGAUCCCUUUCAUUGAACAUCUGCCUGCAGUUAUUGAAAACAUGAAGGCCACAGUGAUGAGGCUGAUGGACAACAGCAUUGAGAUGCUGAAAGACAUUAACACCAAGUAUGAGAUCAGUGCCACGUUUCAGAACAAAGUGUCAGAACUGAAGGAGGUCAUUGACAAUUUUGACUUCAACCUCUUUGUCCAAGACUUGAGAAAGUAUAUCAACUCAAUGGAAAACGUUGUGACCAACCUGAUAGCCAAGUUCCCAACUGACAAAGUCAUGAAUGAGUUGAAAUCAAUGAAGGACACCAUAAUGGCUUGGAUCAAGAAGUAUAACAUUGCCAACAAGUUCAAUGUCAUUAUCGUCAAAGUAGAGGAGAUCCUAUCUAGCUAUGAGGUUGAGAAGAUGAUUGGAGCCAUCAUGGAUGAAGUUGUUAAAAUUAUGAAGCAGUAUCAGGUGAGGGAAAAGAUUCAGUCUGCCUUUGCUGCUCUCAGGUCAAUUGACAUCCAGCCUUUGCUCAAAAGACUUGUGGUGCCUGUUCAAGAACUUGUGAAUGAACUGUAUUCCUUUGACUUCAAACAGCUGAUUGAUGACAUGAGCAACUAUUUCAUGAGAAUGGUUCAGAAAAUCAAAUCUUUUGAUUAUGACACAUUCACUAUGGAGUUGAAAGAAAAAGUAGCAGAAAUUAGCAAGAUUCCCUGUUUUGGAAAACUCUACGGAGAGUUCAGAGUUACCUCACCUCAUUACACACUCAGGACCACUGCUGACCUGGAAAACACCACAACUACAUCAGUCACACCUGAGUUCAAAAUGAACCUUAACUCACAGGCUACAUCAACUUUGAAAGUCCUUGACUUCACUGUGGAUGCCAGUGCUAAUGUUGCUGUACCCGAGAUGAGUGCUCUGUCCAUCUCUGAGAACAUCAAAGUUGACCAGUCAAGUUUUACACUUGACCACAAGGGAAGAAUGACUCUCCGUGGCCUGUUAGCUGAAGCUUCUGCUGAAACUACUGCAAAUACCAACACUGAGCUCUAUGUUGCAGAGCUUGUCAAUAAUGCAAUCUUUUCCACGGAAAAUGGAGUUUCUGCCAAUGUGGAGACUGGCUACAAACAUAACCUCAACAUGCCACCCCUCAAAAUCUUCACUGAAACAUCAUUAAAUCAAAAGACCAUUUUCCUGCUUGAGGCUGGCAAUGCCCGUCUGACCAUUAACAAUCUGGCUAAUGGAAAAUAUGCAGUUCAGGACUUCUCAGAUGACGCAACCCACAAGAGUGACAUGGAGGUGGUCAUGGAUCUCCACACAACCAAAGUGACUUUCACUGGAGCAACAGGCAGCAGCAACUUCAAAAUGGAUCAAAAUGUGGUUGCCGAUGUAUGCAUUUUCCGCCAUGUAAUUAUUGAUGCCAAGGUUGAGACAGAAACACCUGUCAUGAAGAACAGCAUUGCAGAGGUGAAGUUCCAGGCUAAGGCUGAAGACUUGAAAAUUGAUUUCACUGCCUCUCACAAUGCAGAGCUAGUUGGACAGGUUGAGGGAACUCUCUCAAGCUCUGCACUUGCUUUGAUCACACCAAGUGAACUUGUGUUUGACACCAAGAACAAGGGAAAUGCCAAAGUUGCCCUUCCAUUUGACCUGUCUGGAAAGAUGGAUCUCCAGAAUGACAUUUCUUUUACCCUGAAUUCUGAAGCGCAGCAAGCUAGCUGGACAGGUUUGGCCAGAUUCAACCAGUACAAAUACUCCCAUUACUUUACCUUAGAUAAUGGUGACAGUGAAAUUAACAUAUUUUCCCAGAUUAAUGGAGAAGCGAAUCUGGAUGUACUGAAGGGACCUAUCACCAUUCCUCAGAUAACUGUGCCAUUUGUUGGUUUGAAGACACCAAGAGUGGAAGACUUCUCACUGUGGGAAGACACUGGCCUGAGCUACUUCCUGAUCACAACUCAGCAGACAUUUGACAUGAACUCCAAGCUGAAGUACAUGAAGAACCCUGAGAUGAUCACCAUUGACAUUAAUGUGGAACCAAUCAUCAAUGUUCCAUCUGCUCUCAGCAAGCUCACCUUCCCAAAAAUCACUCUGCCCAAAAUCCCAAACAUCAAAAUCCCUGUAAUGGGUGAUCUGACCUAUGAUUUCUCCAUGAAAACAGCAAUGAUCACGCUCAAAACUGAUGCCAGCAUCCUUAACCAGGACAGCAUCAUCAUCAGACUGGAUUCUUCAUCAAUCUCUGAAUUUGAGUUUCUGAAUGGAAAGAUCGAAGGCAACACCAAUGUGAACACAGUCAAUGGAUUUAAAAUGGCCUCUGUCCUGUCUGCAAAACAUUCAGUCCUAGAGGGAAGCCAUGACAGCACCAUCUUCUUAACUUAUGACAAUGUGGAUACCUCCAUCACCAACUCAGCAAAGGUCAAUCUGCCCUACCUGACAAUGGAAAUCAACCAGGAGAUUACUGGAAAUCCAGAUGAAGGCCUGGUUGUCUCUAUGUCCACUCCAUCUGCAGGACACAUUGCACUUCAGAUGCAGACUAAGCGCCCAGCUCAAGUGAAAGCGAGAGUCUAUGGUCGCUACCCGUCUGAGCCAACAAGAGACAUUGACAUCCUGGGUCUGAAGAUGUCUGUGAUGAACUCUGAGAAGCUGAACCUUCAGACAACCUGGAAUGUGGAGAUGCCAUAUGAGAUGAUGCUGCGACUGAAGAAACAGGUGCCCACAGUCAUGGAAAUGGUGUCUGAGCCUGCUACCAGGACAUAUAACACAAUCUACAGACAUGCUAGAAGCCUUGAGGGUUCUUUUGAACAGGUUAGAAACCAGGGUAAAGUGAUGUUCAGGAAGGCUAUUGAUAACCUUGCAGCAGUAAAAUCAUCCAAUGUUUUAACAACUGUCACAGAUAAGACCAUUUUGAUCCUCAAAGAGUACCAGAAGAAAGUUGAAGUUGUUUUUGAGGCUGUUGUUAAAUUCCUGAGAGAGACCAAGUUCCAGAUCCCUGGGUAUGAACAGAGGCUGUCUGGACUUCAGGUCUACCAGAAAUGCAGUGCUUUUGUUGCCGAUGUAUCUGAGGAGGCUGUCCAAAAAAUUCCACAGUACUUUACCUCUAUGUUUAAAGCAGUCAUUGAUUAUAUCAACACCAUUGAAUUUACCCUUCCUGGCUCUAAUCAUGUUGUGCGUGGAAGAGAAAUUCUUGAUGACUUGUUUGUAGCUUUGAGGAAAAUUCAGAACCAAGUGAUUGUCACUGUGAAGAGUCUGGGGGAUAUUCAGCUGGAAGAUAUAAUUAACAAAUUAUCUGCGUUCAUGCAAUUUACCAUUGAACAAAGUGAGAAGUUUCUCCAAACCCUAAAAUCUCAGAACUCAGAAAGACUCUUCACCUUUGUGACUGAUGUAUACAAUGAUGCCAUGAACUCCCGCGCCCUGGCGGUUGUUGUAGAGCAGGUUGAAGAGGCCCAAAGAAUUGUUAUUGAAUAUCUUAAAGCUGUGAGAGCUAAACUCCAGACUAUUUUGGCUGACAUGUCUAGUACACAGCUUCAAGCUGACAUCCAGUCCUGGAUUGACUUAUUGGUAAAACGUGUGAAUGCUUUCCACAACAAUGUCAUCAAGACCCUAAAGGAAAAAAGUAAAAAUAUUGAACCAUUUGUGAAAGUAGGAGACAGACAGAUGGAGGUUAACAUUCCUUUACCAUUUGUUGCCAAAUUCAACUAACUGGCUAACAGCGUUUGUAUUGACUGUGUCUAUUGUGUAACCGUUUAAGACAACAGUAAAUCUAUUCUACCAAAAUUCAAAGCUGCCUGCUAAUAAGUGUUGUCUGUACCCAUGAUGUUUGUCUCUCUAUUCUGUUUUUCAUAAUUAAUUUUGUUUAUUUCACAGUUAUUUUAGACCUACUGUGCUCCCUUUGUGUCUUGUACUAUUUAAAAAAUAAUAUGUGGUCUUCAAUAAAGACAGUUUGU